AUGCCUGCACCAACAGCCCUGCAGCGCGCUCCCGCUGCCCUUGGAGAUUCAGAACCGAACGAGAUCUCACUACCAACUACCACACACGAUGAAGAACAAGACCUCGACAUAAUGACAGAGCCAAAGCUACAACCCUCUCCUCCACAGAGACCAGCCGAACCAGACUCAUCCAUGGAAGUAGAUGAAGAAGGCCGGUCACGCUUCCUGCCCGCCACCACCUCCUCAUCUUCCCCCUCGGACCCAGCAAUCCGAAUCCAGUCCCGCAAGGUUCCCAUCCCACCGCACCGCAUGUCGCCGCUCAAGACGUCCUGGCCGAAGAUCUACCCGCCUCUAGUCGAGCACCUCAAACUCCAGGUGCGCAUGAACAUCAAGUCCAAAGCCGUCGAACUGCGCACCUCGAAGUUCACCACCGACGCCGGCGCACUGCAGAAGGGCGAGGAUUUUGUCAAGGCAUUUACCUUGGGAUUUGACGUCGACGACGCCAUAGCGCUGCUCCGGCUCGACGAUCUGUACAUUGAGACGUUUGAAAUCAAGGAUGUCAAGACCCUGCAGGGCGAGCACUUGGGCCGCGCGAUCGGGCGGAUAGCAGGCAAGGACGGGAAGACCAAGUUUGCAAUCGAGAAUACUAGUAAGACGAGGCUUGUAUUGGCUGACUCCAAGAUCCACAUUCUCGGUGGCUUCCAGAAUAUCAGGAUUGCGAGGGAGGCGGUCGUGAGUUUGAUCCUUGGCGCGCCGCCGGGCAAGGUUUAUGGGAAUUUGAGGACAGUAGCGAGUCGAAUGAAGGAGAGGUUUUAG